AGCUGCACUGCACGGAAUAGGCAUUGAUUAAUCGCCCGGUUUUUCACCGCCCCCCGGCAUUGUUUUUCUUUCCUCCCUCGAGGAAAAAAGCAGAUGUUGUUGGAGGCGGGUGGUGUGGUGGGAAGUGGGAUGGGAUCUGAACUGAUUGGCGCCGGUUGGUAGCAGUCGGUGUGUGUUUCAUGCGAGGGGGAGGGGGAAGGCAGGCAGACAGACAGGGGGCGCUUAUAAAUACGGCUCAGAUCUGGGGAGGGCUUUCCAUCCACCUCGUCUCGUCGGUCUAAUCCGAUUCAAACGCGCAGCUUCCUCGUGUCCGAACUAAGCCCCAAUCCCACCACCGCCGCCGCUGGUGCUCGGCGCGAUGGCGCAGAAGGACGCCACCAAUGGCAACGGCGCCACCACGCGCCCGCCGCCCACGCCCUCCCCCAUCCGCUUCUCCAAGUUCUUCCAGGCCAACAUGCGGAUCCUGGUCACCGGCGGAGCUGGCUUCAUCGGCUCGCACCUCGUCGACAAGCUCAUGGAGAACGAGAAGAACGAGGUCAUUGUUGCUGACAACUUUUUCACUGGUUCAAAAGACAACCUGAAGAAGUGGAUCGGCCACCCAAGAUUUGAGCUCAUCCGUCACGAUGUCACCGAACCACUGCUCGUGGAGGUUGACCAAAUCUAUCACCUUGCUUGCCCUGCCUCACCAAUCUUCUACAAGCACAACCCUGUCAAGACCAUCAAGACGAAUGUCAUUGGGACCUUGAACAUGCUUGGACUUGCAAAGAGAGUUGGAGCUAGAAUAUUGUUGACUUCGACCUCUGAAGUUUAUGGUGAUCCUCUUGAGCAUCCUCAGACGGAGGCCUACUGGGGCAAUGUUAACCCAAUUGGAGUCAGGAGCUGCUACGAUGAGGGUAAGCGUGUAGCUGAGACACUGAUGUUCGACUACCACAGGCAGCACGGCAUUGAGAUCCGUAUUGCCAGGAUUUUCAACACCUAUGGACCUAGGAUGAACAUUGAUGAUGGCCGUGUUGUUAGUAACUUCAUUGCUCAGGCCAUACGUGGUGAAGCCCUGACUGUCCAGAAGCCAGGAACACAGACUAGGAGCUUCUGCUACGUUGCUGAUAUGGUCAAUGGUCUUAUGAAGCUGAUGAAUGGAGACAACACUGGACCCAUUAACAUUGGGAACCCAGGUGAAUUCACCAUGCUGGAACUUGCUGAGAACGUGAAGGAGUUGAUCAACCCAGAGGUGACAGUGACGAUGACUGAGAACACUCCUGAUGACCCUCGCCAGAGGAAGCCUGACAUCACAAAGGCAAAGGAGGUUCUUGACUGGGAGCCCAAGGUCGUCCUACGUGACGGCUUGGUGCUCAUGGAGGACGACUUCCGGGAGCGUUUGGCAGUGCCCAAGAAGGCCAAGGCCUAAGGCCACUUCCCUGCGUUUGGUGUACAUCACCAAUUUGCCAGAGCAUACUCAUAGUUGGGUGGGUUCGUCAAUAUUCGUUGCUGUGUUUCGUUACGGAAUUUGAGUUCCAAUAAACCAAUUACACCUUUGUCGUUCACUUGAAAGAUUGUAUUAUUAGAAACUUUAUAUACAAGGCCUGGCUGUUUGUAUUACUCCCGCUUUUUGCGGAACUUGUGGUCCUAAUGUUUUAGCCUAUGCACUUCCCUAAAUCAAUUAUAGCAACGUUGGUGCCAUUUUUGGGCUUGUUAUUAA